GUUGUAUUUUAUCAAUUUAAUGUUUAAGCGAUGUAAAAUAGAAAAAUCACGUGAAAAUUAUGUAUAACUUAGAGGUGAACUAAAGUGCAAUAUUACAAAAUGAAGUUGAAUAAACUUGUAAGUUCGUCGAGAAGGAAGAGCAGAAAGACACACUUCACUGCUCCUUCACAUAUUCGCAGGCGACUAAUGUCUGCUCCUCUAUCUAAAGAGUUGCGAACCAAGUACAACGUUCGUAGUAUGCCAAUUCGCAAAGACGACGAAGUACAGGUUGUUCGUGGACAUUACAAAGGACAGCAAGUUGGAAAGGUUGUUCAAGUGUACAGAAAGAAAUUUGUUGUUUAUAUUGAACGUAUUCAGCGUGAAAAGAGCAACGGUAGCUCUGUCCAAGUUGGCAUUGACCCAUCUAAGGUUGUUAUUGUAAAAUUGAAAAUGGAUAAGGACCGUAAAGAUAUUGUUGACAGGAGAAGCAAGGGUCGUCUUGCUGCGCUGGGAGACAAAGGAAAGUACAAGGAAACUCCAAUGGAAUCAUAAAUGUCUUGACAUGUGAUAAUCUUUAUGACACUGAGGGUGAUAAAGAACAUAAACUAUGUUAAGAGAAAAAAACUAGUUUUACUAUUUUAAUAAAGAAAAAAAAUUGAA